AUGAAGCGUUCGCAGUUAGGCGGAGAGAUGCAUAUAGCAACAUCAUUAGUUGUGUUGCUAGUAUUGUGUGGAUGUUUAAUGGCAUCAGAGGCGGACUGGUGGAAGUCCACCCUUGUGUAUCAGAUCUACCCACGCUCCUUCAAGGAUUCUGAUGGUGAUGGCAUUGGUGAUCUCAAUGGCAUAAAAGAGAAGCUGCCUUAUUUGAAAGACACGGGAGUGGACGCGAUAUGGCUCUCACCUAUAUAUCUGUCGCCCAUGUAUGAUUUCGGAUACGACAUCACUGACUAUAGGAAAAUAGCACCUGAAUACGGUACCAUGGAGGACUUCGACAACCUCAUGAAAGAGGCUAAGUUGAUCGGUAUCCGCGUCAUCCUCGACUUCGUGCCGAACCAUACCGGCAACGAAAGUGAAUGGUUCAUUAAAUCUAUGAAUCGUGAGCCAGGUUACGAAAAUUACUACGUGUGGGCCGACGGUAAACCAGACCCAGCCAACCCCGGCUCGACACUACCCCCCAGUAACUGGCGGAGUGUAUUCCGUAAGAGUGCGUGGGAGUGGAGUGAUCAACGACAGCAAUACUACCUGCAUCAGUUCGUGAUAGGACAACCAGACCUCAACUACCGCGAGCCUAAAGUACAACAGGAGAUGAAAGAUGUACUCAGUUUCUGGUUGGACAAAGGCGUGUCUGGAUUCCGUGUGGACGCCAUUAACAUGAUGUACGAAGUGGAUCCAAAAGAUUUCGGUGGGGAAUACCCCGAUGAACCGCUCUCUGGUGAUCCUAAAGCUAAUCGAGACGAUUACGAAUAUCUAAGUCACAUUUACACAAGAGACCGCAAUGAAACAUACGAUAUAGUUUACGACUGGCGUGACCUUCUCGACGAACACACCACAAAAGAUGGCGAGUAUAAAAUAAUGAUGACAGAAGCUUACACCGAUAUAGACCUGAUGAUGAGGUACUACGGCAACGGGAACAGAAACGGCUCCAUACCUUUCAACUUCAGCUUUUUAGGCAACGUGACGAAUAAAUCUAACGCGAGAGAUAUUAAACUGGUUAUUGAUCAAUGGAUGACUUAUAUGCCUAAUGGAGAAACCGCGAAUUGGGUGAACGGUAACCAUGACCAAAGUAGAUUAGCGUCACGUCAAGGCACAGAACGCGUCGAUGCCAUGAACAUGCUAGCUCUCCUCUUACCCGGAGUCACCAUCACGUAUCAGUCCAAGGUCUUAAGCCGUCAUUGGUCCAGCCUUACGAUGUACCAAUUGAUUGAUGAAAGAUUGCCGUUUUAUGAAUCUGGAUAUCCAGCUAACGUUUUACCUUAUUUGCUGGAUAUUAGGAUACUAGGUUUACUGCAUGUCCGGUAUCCCGCCAAAGAGCAAUCCGUUUCAUAUCUAGCUGGUGAAGAGAUCGGUAUGACAGAUGGAUUCGUCUCCUGGGAAGACACGAAAGAUCCACAGGCCUGUAACACCGACGACCCUAUUAACUACUACAAAAAGUCCCGCGACCCAAACAGGACUCCUUACCACUGGGACUCUUCAGCUCACGCCGGCUUCUCUAACACCAGUGCUGUUACCUGGCUACCUGUUGCGGACAAUUACAAGACCUUGAAUCUCGCCAGUCAAAUAAAUGACGAGAAGAGUCACUAUCGGUUUUACCGUGAUGUAGCCAAGAUCAAGAAAACUAGAGCAGUUCGUGAAGGCGAUGUAGACACCCACGCGCUUUCGGAAUCUAUCCUUGUUGUCAUAAGAUUGGUGCCAAAUAGCCCUGGAGUUGUCGGCAUUGUGAACCUAUAUGGUGAUGACCAAAUAGUGGACCUCACCUCUGUGAAAAUCCUGCCUCUUAUGCUGCGAGUUAAUGCAUCUGGAGUGAACUGUCCUCUUCAAAAAGGGUAUCAUCUCAUAGAGAUGGAGAAAAUGACUAAUAAACUUAUUUUUAUUGAUUCACCUAUGCUUUCUGUAAAACUGCAUCAAAAAAAUUGA